AUGGAGCUGAGCAGAGGCAUUGUAUCUGCCCCGCUCCGGCCGGUUUACUCCCGCCACGGCCGCUGCGGUCCUCUCUCCGGAGCGUUCUCACCGCCGCAGUCGUCUUCUACCGUGGAAGUGCGCAGGUGCUGCAUCAGCAGGGCGCUGCAGCCACGGCAGGAGUGGGUGGAGGGCUGGGUCCGCCGCAACGACACACUCGUUCGCGGCCUGCCCAUUCUCGUCGGCGGCGCUUCCCUCGUCGCUGUCCUCCUCAACCGCGCUGUUUCAGGAAUUGCCGCCGUCGCCGACGCCUCCAGUUCGCAGUCGAGGGCUGACAUAUUGACCCUUGCUCUCUCCGUGACUGACAUUCUUGCCGGCCUCGUUUGGUGGUUCCUGAAGGUGUCGAGUGUAAACGAGUUCUUCCGGGCGUGUCAAGUUCUACGCUUCAUGAACUACUUUGAGUGA